AUGAGACAACAAAGACUUUGCACAAACACGGACAUUGAUCGCCAACCAAUCUCUGUAAAAGUCUUACAUCUCGAUAUGGGAAAGGAAAAGACUCAUAUUAACAUCGUCGUUAUUGGUCACGUCGAUUCAGGAAAAUCGACUACCACCGGUCAUUUGAUCUACAAAUGUGGUGGUAUCGAUAAGAGAACUAUUGAAAAGUUCGAGAAGGAAGCCCAAGAGAUGGGUAAAGGUUCCUUCAAGUAUGCUUGGGUGCUGGACAAGCUGAAGGCCGAGCGUGAGCGUGGUAUUACCAUCGAUAUCGCUCUCUGGAAGUUUGAGACAGCCAAGUAUUAUAUCACCAUCAUUGAUGCUCCAGGACAUCGUGACUUCAUUAAGAACAUGAUUACUGGAACAUCACAAGCCGAUUGUGCUGUGCUCGUCGUCGCUUGCGGUACUGGUGAAUUCGAAGCCGGUAUCUCGAAGAACGGACAGACCCGUGAGCACGCUCUUCUGGCGCAGACUCUUGGUGUAAAGCAAUUGAUCGUUGCCUGCAACAAGAUGGAUUCCACAGAGCCACCGUUCUCGGAAACUCGCUUCAACGAAAUCCAGACUGAAGUGUCGAACUUCAUCAAGAAGAUCGGCUACAACCCGAAGGCUGUCGCCUUUGUGCCCAUCUCUGGCUUCAACGGUGACAACAUGUUGGAGCCAUCUGCCAACAUGCCAUGGUUCAAAGGCUGGACCGUUGAGCGAAAGGAGGGUACUACUACUGGAAAGACUCUUCUUGAAGCUUUGGACUCGAUUGUUCCACCACAGCGACCUACCGACAGGCCUCUUCGACUUCCACUUCAGGAUGUUUACAAAAUAGGAGGUAUUGGGACUGUCCCCGUAGGACGUGUAGAGACUGGUAUCCUCAAGCCUGGAAUGGUCGUUACCUUUGCCCCUCAGAACGUUACUACUGAAGUGAAAUCUGUGGAAAUGCAUCACGAAUCUCUUCCUGAGGCUGUACCUGGAGACAACGUUGGUUUUAACAUUAAGAACGUGUCCGUCAAGGAUGUCCGCCGUGGAUCUGUUUGCUCGGAUUCGAAGAACGAUCCUGCCAAGGAAGCUCGUUCUUUCAAUGCUCAGGUCAUCAUUAUGAACCAUCCCGGACAGAUCCAGGCUGGAUACACGCCUGUGCUCGACUGUCACACUGCUCACAUUGCUUGCAAAUUUGCAGAGCUGAAAGAGAAGGUCGACCGUCGAACUGGUAAGAAGGUUGAGGAUAACCCGAAGUUCCUCAAGUCUGGCGACGCUGGCAUUGUCGAGCUGAUCCCUACGAAGCCUUUGUGCGUCGAAUCUUUCACCGAUUAUGCUCCUCUUGGACGAUUCGCCGUUCGUGACAUGAGACAGACGGUUGCCGUCGGAGUCAUCAAGUCUGUGGACAAAUCCGAGGGAGGCGCUGGCAAGGUCACGAAGGCUGCACAGAAGGCAGGAGUCGCAGCUAAGAAGAAGUAACCCGUGUGAUUGUUUGGUUUUUGUUGUCUCCCAUUCCAUAAGGGUAAAGUUGUUGGUUUGAUGCAAGUUUUGUUCCGGAAUAAUAUUUUUGAAACGUCUUGUGUUGUGUUGCAUGUGUAUCA